AUGCUUCCAGGUCUUGCUUAUCGGGGGGGUGAUGUGCUUGGAAGGGGUGAGGCGUUUCGACUGAAACUGCACGAUUCCAGGUCUUGCUCAACGAAACACAAAACUGCAAGGCCAAAGGCCUGCAGCAAACCUCAUGAAGGCUCCAGGCACCAUCUGCAGGCUCCAGACUUGAUAUUGGUUCCAUUUGAACACACUCUCCCAGAAAGAGGCCGAGCCAAUCUGGGCAACUCGCACCCUGACACGCUGAAGCGCAUCUUCGCCUUACCCGAGCUGCUGGAGCGCUGCGGCCGGCUGACGGAACCGUCAUGGCUUUUUGGGGCCCUGGGACCCUUGAAGCAGGCCGAGCUGCUCUUCCGUGAGGAGCUCGAGCUGUGCACCCCGGCUCGGAGCAGGGUUGGGGCUCCGGGCAGGAGGAUCAGGCUUGUUAUAGAGUGCAGGUUUGGGGUGGCCCUUCUGGCCGCGUGCUGA